UAAUGUGAUCCAAGGUUUAUUACAAUAUUAUUAACUUUCACUCUUUCGAUCGUCUAGUUCAAUUACUGUAUACCACGGUUUAAGAUAUAUACAACUGUUAAUCCCUUAAUUAUUGCUAUCAGACGAACCUAUGAUUAAUGAAUUAAUAAUUAUAUGAUAGUAUUAUUGUUACGGGUGAAUAAAUUAUAAUGUGGCAGACCGCCGGAAAGCAGAGAAAUCAUAUACAAUUGUAAAGUAUAAGUGAAGGCCUACUAUUUUUUUAUAUCUCAAAAAAGAUUAAAGAUAAUCAUAUUUUGACCAACAUGCCGUUAAAAGGAUUAAACAUAUUAGAAUUUUCUGGUCUGGCGCCAGUACCUUUUGUUGGAACGAUACUAUCUGAUUUUGGAGCAAAUGUGACUGUAAUACAGAAAAGAAGUGCUAUUUUGGAAUUUACAAGCUUUUUAAAUGGUGGUAAAAAGUCCAUAAGUAUCAAUUUAAAACAUCCUGAAGGUGUUGAGAUUACACAAAAAUUAAUUAUUAAUGCCGACAUUGUACUUGAACCUUAUAGACCCGGUGUAAUGGAAAAACUGGGAUUAGGCCCCGAUGUAAUGAUUGCCAAAAAUCCUCGUUUAAUAUAUGCUCGAUUGAAUGGGUAUGGUUCACAUGGACAAUAUGCAAAGAGAGCUGGACAUGAUAUAAAUUAUUUAGCCAUGUCAGGUUUGUUGUCAUUGUAUGGUUCAAAGAAUUCAAAACCUGUUCCUCCCGUAAAUUUUUCUGAAUUUGCGGGCGGUAGUAUGGUAUGCGUAAUGGGAAUUUUAAUGGCAGUCAUAGAAAGAUACAAAAGUGGAAAAGGUCAGGUGGUCGACGCCAACAUAACUGAAGGAAUUUCUUAUGUCGGAAGUUGGUUGAUGUGUUCACAAGAAUCAAUGAUUUGGGGGAAAUCAAAGGGACAAAAUUUACUGGAUGGAGGAAUGCACUUCUAUGAUACAUACGAAACCAAAGAUGGUAAAUGGAUGGCUGUCGGUGCAAUAGAACCAGCAUUUUAUCAAGAGUUCAUCAAAGGACUAGGAUUGAACAUCAAUGACAUUGAACAGAUGGAUAAUUUUGAGGGUAAUAGAGUAAUUAUUGCAAACAAAUUUAAAGAAAAAACAAGAGAAGAAUGGUGCAAUAUUUUUGAUUCAAAAGAUGCUUGUGUAACUCCUGUGUUAGAACUGGAUGAAGUUGACCAGCAUCCUCAUAACGCAAGUAGAAAUUCAUACAUCAGGAAAGAUAAUAUUGUGCUGCCCGUUCCAGCACCAAAAUUAAGUGUUACUCCUGGUGUUUCAAGUUCAAAUAAACCAACUGUGGUUUGUGGACAGAAUACAAGGGAAAUACUUGAAAGUAUUGGAUAUACACAAAUAGAAAUCAAUAAACUAUUUGAAAAUAAGACUAUAUUUCAAGACUCAAAAUCCAGGUUAUAGUUGGGUAUCAUAGUUUUUGCAAGGUGGUUAUGUGAGUUUUUGUGUGUUAAACGGUUUUAUUUUCUGUGUUUGUACAUCAUGUUAUGUUAAGUUUUAAUACAAAUAUAAAAAAUUUAGUAUUUUUUAUACAAACA